GCGACAGUGCCUUCUUGCUCUCACGCCCUGAUACGAAAAUUCAUCGAAUCCAUGAAAUCUCUGGGAUAUCCGGGCGAUGGCCUGUCAAUGGAGAGCUUCCGGACUCCACAUUUCGAUACAGUGGCGAGCUGUAUCCGCUGGCUUCUUCCGAGGUAUGAUCCUGAAGUCCAGCUCCACGGCGACGUUUCGACGGAAGAGGGUCGAAUUGCAUUUCUCAAGUCUGCUGGCCGGGUCAUGUUUCUCAAGACCAGGAUGAAGCUGAAUUUGCGAAGUUUAUAUAUGGCUGAUAGCAAUGCUACGGCCGAGCUCCUCCAAGUUUCCACAUUGCUUCAGCAAGCCAUUGCAUCAGCUUCUUCUGAAAAGUUGCCAGAGACAACACUCUUCAAACGGGCAUUUGAUGUGAAAGCAGCUCGAUCACUUGUUCUAGAGAUCAUCAAGGCUGGAGCAACGCUAUACGACGAUUUGGCGACCGAAAUGCAGCUUCAGGGAGAGCGAAACAUGGCUGCUUCGACAAACACUGACAUUGAGCAGAUUGAGAAUUUGGUUAGAGAAGGUACUUUUAGUUUGCUGCAAACAGUUUCUUCGGUUGAGCAGCAACAGCAUAGCUGCGAGAAGGAUGAAAAAUCACUGAGUAUAACACAUGAGAAACGAAAAGUGGAGCUUGAGCGGUGCAAAAAGCGCCUAUCGGUGCUUGAAAACGUCAGGCCAGCAUAUCUUGACGAGUACGAAGUGCUCCAAAGUGAGCUCCAGCGCCUUUUUGGUGUUUAUCUCGAGAAAUUCCACAAUCUACGAUGGCUAGAGAGUCAACUAGAAACACACAAUCAAGAAGAGCAGGAAAAACUACAAGAAUCGUUUGCUAUGAUGAAGCGUCUCCAACAACAAUUGCAAGACGAGAACUUACAAAUCCUUCGAGGAGAGGAGAGUGGAAAUAACAAGGAUAAUGUGGAACUAAGCGAGCUCUCUUGGAGCGACUCAAAGCUCUCUUUUGCACUAUUAGCUGAGACGGGGAACACUGUUGCCAAUCCACAAGAGAACUCUUUCAACUUUAACCAGGCUCGCCACUCACCUUCAAAGGACGUCUCGGAGGCUAUUUCAGACGACGAGUCUGACAAUGGUAAUGAACAAGUAGAAGACAGCACAGAUGACGAGUUCUAGGCUUGA